GAAAGAGAAAGCAAAAGAUUCAACACCGGGAAGUUGAUUUGAAAAGCUGCAUCAUAGCUUACUCGUUGUCGUGCUUUGGUGCUAGACACUUUCGUGUAGUUAUAUCCAUUUGAUAUGAGAGCUUAUAACCCGUUUUCAUAGAAUAAGAGUUAUUAGUUUAAUUUACUGUGAUGUCUCGGGGUUCGAAUGCUGGUUUUGAUCGUCACAUAACAAUAUUCUCACCAGAGGGCCGUCUUUAUCAAGUCGAAUAUGCCUUCAAAGCCAUUGCACAAAGUGGCCUGACGUCGGUGGGGGUCCGAGGGAAGGAUUGUGCCGUUGUGGUCACGCAGAAGAAAGUCCCGGAUAAGCUCCUGGACCCAUCUACAUUGACCAACGUAUUCUCUCUCACCCCCCGCAUAGGAUGUGUCAUGACUGGACACUAUGGGGACAGUCGCUCACAGGUGCACCGAGCGCGAGUGGAGGCCGCAGAGUGGAAGUACAAGUUUGGCUAUGACAUCAACGCGGACAUGUUGUGUCGCCGCUUGGCGGACAUCUCGCAGGUCUACACGCAGAACGCCGAGAUGAGGCCGCUAGGAUGCUGUAUGAUCCUGGUUGCCAUGGACCCCCAGAAGGGCCCUGUGCUGUUAAAGUGUGACCCGGCUGGUUACUACUGUGGCUUCAGGGCCACUGGGGUGGGGGCCAAGCAAACGGAGGCUAACAGCUACCUAGAGAAAAAGCUGAAAAAGAAACCAGAGCUGACAUAUGAGAGGAGUGUGGAGAUGGCCAUCUCCUGUCUUUCCUCAAUCCUCUCCAUGGACUUCAAGCCUACAGAGCUGGAAGUGGGUGUGGUCACCAAAGAACAGCCUAAAUUCAGGACGCUCAGCGAGGCAGAGAUCGACUCUCACCUGGUGGCCAUCUCCGAGAGGGAAUGAGUUCACGUCCACCCUCACAAGACACUAGACCCACAGGAGGCACAGCUGGAUGCACACACACAACAUACACACACACACUCUCACACACACACACACACACACACACACACACACACGUGUAUGCGCACAAAUACACACACAAACAAAAGAGGCUUGGUUUGGCAUGGAGUUCUGGUGCAACUAUGUUACCUUUUAUUG